AUGCCUGUGACGGAAUUCUCGCAUCCAGAUCCAUACACCUACCAGGUCGGAUUCGACUCCUAUCAUGAAUCCGAAGCUGUCAAGGGAGCUCUCCCAGUAGCCCAAAAUUCACCCCAAAAGGCUCCUUAUGGCUUGUACGCUGAAAAGCUGUCUGGAACAGCCUUCACCGCACCACGACACGAGAACAAACAGACUUGGGUUUAUCGAAUCAUUCCCCGCGGCGCAUGGCAACUUCGCGCGGAAGAUGCCGACUCUUAUCACACGCGCCUGACCACUGAGACGCAAAGACUACACCACAUUCCCAACCAACUACGAUGGGAUCCCUUUGACUUUGACGAAACGGUGGACUGGGUCCACGGCUUGCAUCUCAUUGCAGGCUCGGGUGAUCCUACCUUGAAGCAAGGAUUGGGAAUUCUCCUCUACGCGGCUGGAAAGGACAUGGGCAAAGAAGCUUUCUACUCCGCAGACGGAGAUUUCUUGAUCGUCGCCCAGCACGGUGUGCUGGAUAUUCAAACGGAACUAGGACGCAUGAUCGUUCGUCCCAAUGAGAUUGCUGUCAUUCCUCGUGGUAUCCGUUACCGUGUCACGCUGCCCGCUGGUCCUGUACGAGGCUACAUCUGCGAGCUUUACCAAGGCCACUACCAGCUCCCCGAGCUGGGUCCUAUCGGAUCCAAUGGUCUGGCUAAUGCUCGUGACUUCCAGGCCCCUGUGGCGUUCUUUGAAGAUGAGGAAGAGCCCACGGAAUACAAACUGUACAGCAAAUUCAACAAUACUCUCUUUGCAGCACGUCAGGACCACUCCCCUUUUGACAUCGUCGCUUGGCAUGGCAACUACUACCCUUACAAGUACGACCUGGGGCGAUUCAACACCAUUGGAACAGUAUCGCACGAUCAUCCCGAUCCCUCAAUUUUUACCGUUCUCACUGGCCCGUCCGACCAUGUGGGCACUGCUAUCGCUGACUUUGUCAUCUUCCCUCCCCGUUGGCUCGUGGCCGAAAACACCUUCCGCCCACCAUGGUACCACCGCAACACCAUGUCUGAAUUCAUGGGUUUGAUUUGUGGCGGCUAUGAUGCAAAGACCGGAGGCGGCUUCCAGCCUGGGGGUGCCAGUCUUCAUAAUGUGAUGAGUGCCCAUGGCCCCGACUCGGAUGCAUUUGAGGGCGCCAGUAAUGCCGAGCUCAAGCCAAACAAGGUUGGGGAGAACAGCAUGGCGUUCAUGUUUGAAAGUUCCCUCAUGGUUGGAGUCUCAGAAUGGGGAUUAAAGACGUGUCACAAGGUUCAAGAACAGUACAACCAGCACAGCUGGGAACCUCUGAAGCGUCAUUUCAAGAAUCCCAACAAGGCUUCUUGA